GUAUGAUAUGUUUCGUUAAACAUAAAUAAAAAUUUAAUACAGUAGUUUUCUUAGAAUUGCCUAGAAAGUGACACAAGAUCGAAAUACUUAAAAUUCAAUGGUAUGAAAAUUUCACGAUGUACAAUUUGUAAAUGAUGGCUAAUUACGAAGGAAAGAAAUAUGAAAUGAGAUAGUCUGCAAAACUUAAAAACACUGUAGCAGCCGAAUGUGAGAACACUCUUUGCAAGAAAAGAAACAUCUGGGAAAAUCAAAUUUCUUCACAAUGACUGCCACAUGUUUUGGCGCAUGACAAAAAUCAUAAAACACCCUCAUGUAUCAAGAUUAGCAAGCACUUAUUAUACAAAUUCACCACAGUCCCAAAUUUUAAGUGAAAAAGCAUCGCGAUGAAUUUCUGGCCGGCUAAAUCCAUCGUCCGCCUAGGUGAAUUAUCCAAAUUAUCGAAACAGGCAAAGAAACGAAUCCUCGAGAUUUUAUCCGUGUCCAAAACGGAGCCGACGGUCGAGGAGGCCGCGUCCCAAUUGCCCGAAAUAGAAAGCACGACCAAGAUCGAGACUAGAGGUUUGUCCAUGCCGAUAAUCGGUAUAGGGACAUGGCAGAUAGAACCGAUAUACAUAGAGUCAUGCUUGUCUUACGCCUUGGAUGCCGGAUAUCGGCACAUAGACACCGCCUAUUCCUAUGGGAACGAAGCCGCUAUCGGGCAUGCGUUAAAUAACAUGUUUAAAGCCGAUGCAUUGAACAGAGAAGAACUGUUCAUAACAUCAAAACUUCCGUUCUACGGUAUGUCUCCCGAAGGAGUGAGGCAUUUUGUCGGGCAAACUCUGAAGAACUUGAAGGCCGGUUAUUUGGAUCUGUACCUUAUCCACUAUCCAGUUGGAGUACGGUACAAAGACGGACAGUUCACCGUCGAUCCUGAAACAGACCACGUUAAAAUUUGGAGGGCUCUAGAAGAUGAGGUGUGCAAAGGGAGAAUUAAAAAUCUCGGCGUUUCCAAUUUCAAUAUACCCCAGGUGAAGAAGAUCUUGAAGUUUGCCAAGAUAGCACCAGCAAAUAUUCAAGUAGAACUGCAUUUAUACCACCAGCAAAAGGAGAUGCUGUCGUUUUGUGCGGACAACGCGAUCGCACUGACAGCCUAUGCUCCCCUGGGAUCUCCUGGGCUAGAUCAAUUUCUGGUGUCCCAUGACCUCAAUUUCUCAGACGUUCCGAUGCCUCUCAAAAACCCCACAGUCGUCAAAAUAGCCAGGAAGCACAAGAAGACUCCUGCUCACGUACUACUGAGAUUCCUUAUCCAAAACGGAAUUUGCGUCAUACCGAAGAGCCGCAACCCCGACAGGAUCGUCCGAAACUUCAACGUAUUCGAUUUCAGCCUAGACGCGGAAGAUGUCACUGCUCUUUCGAACCUGGAUAUGAACGAACAGGGCCAGAUGUUCCUCCACGUCUGGGACGGAACGGAGGACCACCCGGAAUAUCCAUUCGCGCCUCCGAAUUCCGACAAACGAAACUAAUCGAUUUUUGUUUGUCUUUUGUGCUCAAUUUUCUUUCCAUGUCCAGAAUUAAAGUCACAAAUAAAUUACUUGACGUCCUAACCGAAUAACAAA